AUGGAAAUUUCAGAUCAAAUCAAUAUUGCACACAAGAAACUCGUCAAAGGAACUCGACUGAAAUGGGGAGAUGCAUUCGAGCGAGCUUUUCAGUUCAAUCUCGGAAAUGCUGAGUUCAGUUGUGGUGCUAAAUUGACCGAUUUCGCGGGAGCCCAUGCUCUCCUCAGCGACGGAUGCGUCGAACUGAUUGAGCGUCUCGCUGAGGGUCUUGACAUCCGUUACAGUCAUGAGGUCACGCUGGUCGAAUGGCUGCGAGCAAAAAAGUCAGUGACAGUAAGCUGCCGCAAUGGAAAGAAGUUUAACGCAGAUAAAGUAAGUUACUGA